AUUAUUAAACCUAAAUCUAGCAAAAAAAGCACAGAGGCGUGAAGAUGAAGAUGGAGCGGGGGCGGAAGGCGAAGAUGGGGCGGCGACAGACGGUGAAGAUAGAGCGUCGCCGGCGGCGGCGGGAGCGAAAGGAGAAGAUGGCGCGGAAGUUUAUGAUCGGACCGGAAGAGAUUAAGGAGAGGCAUGCUCUUCUAAGGAUCAAAUACUAUCAAGCACUGACCAAAUCCGAGGGGUUCGAUGUUACUGCAGCACCAUUCUCGAUUAACCCAGUGAGAGCACACUACUGUGAUGAUGGUUGUCCUGACUUAGUCUUCCUUUAUUCCAGAAUAGGCCUUCAUCGUUACAACUUUCUCCAGGGCAAAAAAUUGCAGCUCAGUAGCGUAAAGAAAUACACCAAACCCAGUUGUUCUCAUGUUAACACUUACUGCAUCACUUUGGAAGCCGAGGAUCCAGACAUCUGCGGUUCUCUCCAAACUUUUCAGACCAAAGUUAGUGAACAAAGAUUCCGCAGAUUUGAUCUGAAGUGCAGUAUUGCUAGACCUCUAGGUGAAACAAAUAAGACCAUCACAGGUGGCUAUAGCUUUGAUAAGAGUCCCAAAGUGCUCGAGUUUCCUCAAGAGAACCCUUUUGUUGAAGAUGGCGGCACAAACCGAUUUUACUUGCUCAAGGAUUCAGAGCUUCAAGACAAUGAUUGGAUCCGUUUGUACUUGGAACUUGCAGUUGCUACAUCCAAUAAGAAAAUUGGCCGUGAUACGCACAGCCUGGACAGUUUGAAGAUUCUGAAAGUGGCUAUGGAAAGUACCCAGGGACUUUGCGACUUUGAUGCAGUUUUCUACAUAAGGUACGAGGACUCUUGCGAGGCUCGAGUUGGUAAGGAUGUCCAUCGCGUUGCUAUUGUCAGAAGAAUCUUGGAUAAGCAGUCGGAACUCUUGAGUCUCUAUGGUUAUAACCAGAGCAUAAACAAAAGUGCUUCCGUUGAAGCUUGCUCGUCCUUUGCACAAGACUAGAUCCAUUUGAGUAUUUAUCUGGAUCAGAAUAAUUAACUCCGUCGGUGGAAUGCUUUUUAUGCAAUUUGUGUGUGUCUAAGUGUGUUGUUCUACAUUAAUGAUAUUUCCUUGGUCAAGACUAAUUUAUUUUUUACUGUUAAGUAAUUUGCUUUUUUAAUUUAGUAUUAUGCAACUUUGUGUGGUUUUAAGUGUGUUGUUUUUUCUGUGUAUCUCAUUUCAUAUUGAGCUAAACUAUUUCACUGACCA